AUGCGCGGCCGCGGCGCGCCCCGCCAGGGCGACCUCGAGGACAACAUGUCCUACGACGACGACGUCUCCUUUAAGGGCAAGAGCGGCGGCGGCCGCCGGGUGCGCGCGUCCGUCGUCUACCUCGGCCUCGCCGCCGCGUCCCUCGUCUGGCUCGCGUCGACGGCGCCCCGGUCCGGCGCGCGCUACGGCGGAAUCGUCGCGUCGUGCUGCGGCGGCGGCCUGCUCUUCAGCCACGCGCUCUGGCGCUGGAUCUCGCGGCGGCCCGGCGGCGACGCGGCCAUGCGCGCGAUCUCGAACCCCAUCGCCAACGGCGCCGCGGGCUUCCUGCGCGUGCAGUACCGCGCGGUCUCCAAGAUGGCGGCGGUGCUCUGCGUCGCGAUCGGCGCGAGCUACCAGCUCCGGCCCGACGGCGCGGGCGCGGCGGCCGAGGUGGGCCGCGGCGCCGCGGGCUUCAUCACGUCGGCGUGCUUCGUCGUCGGCGCCGCGGCGUCGGCGCUGUCCGGCUACUGCGCGAUGCGCGUCGCCGCGUUCUCGAACGUCCGCGUCGCGGACGCCGCGAAGCGAUCCGGCGCGGACGCGUUCGUCGUCUGCUUCCGCGGCGGCGCCUUCUCGGCCGUGCUGAACUGCACGCUCUGCGUUCUUGGGGUCGCCGUGCUCUUCGCGUUGAUUUGGGCGUCGGGCGUCGUCGCGGACGUCGCCGACGUGCCGCUGCUGCUCGUGGGCUACGGCUUCGGCGCGUCGUUCGUGGCGCUCUUCAUGCAGUUAGGUGGCGGCAUCUUCACCAAGGCCGCGGACGUCGGCGCGGAUCUCGUGGGCAAGGUCGAGGCGUCGAUCCCGGAGGACGACCCGCGGAACCCGGCGGUCAUCGCGGACCUCGUCGGCGACAUGGUCGGCGACUGCGUCGGGUCGUCCGCGGACGUCUUCGAGAGCGUCGGCGCGGAGAUCAUCGGCGCCAUGAUCCUCGGCGGGCGGCUCGCGCGGGACGCGGGCCUGGACCCGGCGCCGUUCGUCUUUUUCCCGCUCGUCGUGCACGCGUGGGAUCUCGUCGCGGGCGGCGCGGGCGCGCUCGCCGUCACCGUGGACGCCGUCGUGCGCCUCCAGCGGACGGAGGGCACGGAGGCGGCGCCCAUGGCCGCGCUGCAGCGGGGCUACGCCGUGACGCUGGGACUGGCCUUCGUCGGCUUCGCCGGAUGCUGCCGGACGAUGCUGCACGUGCCCGCGGCGCCGGCCGCGUGGCUCCACUUCCUCGGCUGCGGCGUGUGCGGCUUCGCGACGGCCUUCGUCUGCAUGCGCGCGUCGCAGUACUACACGGACUACGCCUACGAGCCCGUGCGGCGCAUCGCGGAGUCGGCGCUGACGGGCCACGCGACGGUCAUCAUCACGGGCUUGGCCGUCGGCCUCGAGUCCGUCGUCGCGCCCGCGCUGACCGUGGCCGUCGCCGUCGUGGCGUCGUACCACCUCGGCGCGACGUCGGGCCUCGCGGCGCCGCGCGCGGCGGGCCUCUUCGGGACGGCCGUCGCGACGAUGGGCAUGCUCGGGCCCGCGGUCUACGUGCUCUCGAUGAACAACUUCGGACCCAUCGCGGACAACGCGGGCGGCAUCGCGGAGAUGUCCCACCAGCCGAGCCACGUGCGCGACUCCACGGACGCGCUCGACGCCGCGGGCAACGUGACCAAGGCGAUCACGAAGGGCUACUCCAUCGGGUCCGCGGCGCUGGCGUGCUUCCUCCUCUUCGGCGCGUUUUUGGACGAGUUCUCCCAGUUCAGCGGGCUGCCCUUCGAGGUCGUGGACGUCGCGAAGCCCGAGGUGCUCAUGGGCGGCCUGCUGGGCGUCAUGACCGUCUUCCAGUUCGCGGGCAUGGCCAUCGCGGCCGUCGGCCGCACCGCGGGCGCCGUGGUGGUGGAGGUGCGGCGCCAGUUCGCGGAGCGGCCGGGCAUCCUCGAGGGCACGGAGACGCCCGACUACGAGCGCACGGUCGCCAUCGUCACGCGCGCGUCGCUCGACGAGAUGGUCAAGCCCGGGUGCCUGUGCGUGCUCGCGCCCGUGUUGGUCGGACUCGCGGGCCGGUGCGUCGGGUCGCUGACGGGCCGGCCGCUCCUCGGCGCGGAGGUGUUGGCGGGCUACCUCGUCUUCGGCACGGUGUCGGGCAUCCUCAUGGCCCUCUUCCUCGACAACGUCGGCGGCGCCUGGGACAACGCGAAGAAGUACGUCGAGCUGGGGAACUACGGCGGCAAGAACUCGGACGCGCACAAGGCGUCGAUCACGGGCGACACCGUCGGCGACCCGCUCAAGGACACGGCCGGGCCCUCGCUCCACGUCGUCAUCAAGCUCCUCUCGACGACCAUCCUCGUCCUCGGGCCCCUCUUCAUCGCGGCGCCGAACUAGGGGGCUAACUCUGUGCUCU